AUGGUAUCCGUAUCAACAGCAUACAAGCCCUCUCCCCUCGGCUACGGCUCGCCUCCUUCGCGCAGCUCGCCCUUCGGACGACCAGAAUCGCCCGCGUCACCUUCGCCGCUGCGACACACGACUCCGUCCUCAUCGCCGACGAAAGCUGCGCCGCUGGCCGGAGCUAGCCGAUUCGCAAGACCAACGACGCCGACUAGCACGCAGGACAGCUGGACCCCAAGGGCACAGACGCCCGUCGAGAGCAUGGCGUCGCCGCAGAGACCCGAGUCCAUCCCGCGGGCACCACCGACAAAGGCGCUGAGCAACGGCAACGCGCUGUCACAACUACUGCCUGCGCAGGUCAGGACGCUGCGGGACGGCUUCCAGAUCCUGGACAGGGAUUGUGACGGCGUCGUCAACCGAGAGGAUGUUGCCGACAUGCUGAGCCAGCUUGGACUACCAAAUGGCCACUCUGACGUGGCCAAAUUCUUCCCUCCAUCCCGGCCGCAGACCAUCGCGCUGGCCGCGUUUCUCAACUCGCUAGCCGAGGCGCUCGCAGCGCUCUCCCCCAGCGCCGAGCUCCUCUCUGCAUUCUCGGCCUUUGAUGACGACGACAGCGGCCAGGUAAACUGGGCGGAGCUGCGGGACGCCCUGCUCAACACGGCGCCCGAGCCCGGGGAGCGCGCGUUGACGGCGGCUGAGGUCGACAAGGUAGUCGACGGCUUUACUGGCCGGCGGGCGUUCAACCGCAACAUGAAUGCGCAGCUCGGCGCAAAGAAGGGCGAGGUGUUUAAGUACCAGGAGUUUGUGCACUCCAUUAUGGGAGGAAACGGCAGUGCCGACAACGGCUCUAACGGUAACUCGGAGGACUGA